CACUAAUUGCACAAACCAAAAACAAAACAACCAAUGGGGUCGCCAAUGGCCUCUUUAGUGGCAACUUUGCUUGUCUUAACAAUCUCUCUCACCUUUGUAUCUCAAUCAACCGCUAACUAUUUCUAUUCUUCUCCUCCACCACCGGUUAAGCACUACUCUCCUCCUCCGGUUAAGCACUACUCACCUCCUCCGGUUUACCAUUCCCCACCCCCACCAAAGAAACACUACGAGUACAAGUCUCCUCCUCCUCCGGUUAAGCACUACUCACCUCCUCCGGUUUACCAUUCCCCACCCCCACCAAAGAAACACUACGAGUACAAGUCUCCUCCUCCUCCGGUUAAGCACUACUCACCUCCUCCGGUUUACCAUUCCCCACCCCCACCAAAGAAACACUACGAGUACAAGUCUCCUCCUCCUCCGGUUAAGCACUACUCACCUCCUCCGGUUUACCAUUCCCCACCCCCACCAAAGAAACACUACGAGUACAAGUCUCCUCCUCCUCCGGUUAAGCACUACUCACCUCCUCCGGUUUACCAUUCCCCACCCCCACCAAAGAAACACUACGAGUACAAGUCUCCUCCUCCUCCGGUUAAGCACUACUCUCCACCACCGGUUUACCACUCCCCACCGCCACCUAAGAAGCACUACGUGUACAAAUCCCCUCCUCCUCCGGUUAAACACUACUCUCCUCCUCCAGUUUACCACUCUCCACCCCCACCAAAGAAACACUACGUGUACAAGUCUCCUCCUCCUCCGGUUAAGCACUACUCUCCCCCACCGGUUUACCACUCACCGCCACCCCCCAAGAAACAUUACGUAUACAAGUCUCCUCCUCCUCCAGUUAAGCACUACUCUCCGCCCCCGGUUUACCAUUCCCCACCACCACCAAAGAAACACUACGUCUACAAGUCUCCUCCUCCUCCAGUUAAGCACUACUCUCCGCCCCCGGUUUACCAUUCCCCACCACCACCACCAAAGAAACACUACGUUUACAAAUCUCCGCCACCACCGGUGAAGCACUACUCUCCUCCCCCAGUUUACCAUUCUCCGCCCCCACCCAAGAAGCAUUACGUUUACAAAUCUCCACCGCCACCGGUUAAGCACUACUCUCCUCCCCCGGUUUACCAUUCCCCACCACCACCAAAGAAACAUUACGUAUACAAGUCCCCUCCUCCUCCGGUUAAGCACUACUCCCCGCCUCCAGUGUACCAUUCCCCACCACCACCAAAGAAACACUACGUAUACAAGUCCCCUCCUCCUCCGGUUAAGCACUACUCUCCUCCACACCAUCCUUACCUCUACAAAUCUCCUCCUCCUCCAUACCACUAUUAGAAUUCUCUAUCACGGAGAACACGAUGUACACAAGAAGAAAAAGACAAGACGAAGCCAUUACUGGUGAUUGUAAUAAGAGAAAGAAAAGAUGAAAGAUAAGAAUCCAAGCACAGAAAGCUUUCUCAUCAUUUUCAAAGUAUUUUUAGAGUUUUAUUGUAAUAAAUAUGGAACAUGUGUCUGUUGAUCAAUCAGUGGUACAUGCAUGCAAUCAGUAGAAACAUAUUUAUGUUUGUAAGUUUAAUUACGUCUUGUUUCUUUCUGAUUUUUUUAUGUGCAAGUUUGCUUUGUCCCAAUAAUAAAAGAUAUUUUCUUAAUUAAAA